AUGUCACGAUACGAGAAUUAUCACGAGGAUAAGGAGUGUAUUAUCUACUCCUUCGGCGUCCGUGACGAGUCUAAUUUCGAGCAAGAGAUGCUGAGCCGGAACAAUUGUGUUGUUUAUGCACAUGACUUCUAUGUUAUCGAUUUUGGGAAGCAGCUUGAGCCUAGCAGUAAUUUGUACGAGAUUCUUCGGAUGGGUAUUGAGUUUGCCGAGUCCCAGGCGCUGGAUGGCAUGCACCGUGACUUUUCAUCUGCCGCGGGCAAGGAGCAGCCCAUCGGCCAACUAAUUGUUGAACUACACUUGUAUACUAGUAACGGCAUCACCUCGAAAGUUUUCCUUGACUGGUGGGGGCGUCUCGAAGCACGCGGACUGCGUCCGGCUUGGACUGAGCCCAACCUACUCGCUGUCACCUUGUCUGCGCUCAACAAGAACCCAAUGAUGGCCGAAUACACCAAGGUCAAUAUUCACAACAGCAGGAACGACUAA